AUGACUCUGGGACUGAGAAGAAACACCGCAGGCAACCGAUCGUCUGUCGAGGGCGACCGUCCAGACACGACCGCCGACGAUGAGACGGUCGUUGACCAGGACCAGGGCAAUGUCCUGUCGCACAUCAUCAGCCAGCUGCGACCAGGCGCCGACUUGAGCAGAGUCACGCUGCCUACCUUUAUCCUCGAGCCGCGAUCUAUGCUCGAGAGAAUCACAAACUUCAUGGCACACCCUGAGAUCCUCCUUACUCUGCCUGGCAUCGAUGACCCCGUCGAGCGCUUUGUCGCCGUCACCAAGUUUUACCUCACGNGUGUCAAGAAGCCCCUCAACCCCAUCCUCGGCGAGACCUUUACCGGAUACUGGGACUACCCGGACAACACGCGUGGAUACUACAUCUCGGAGCAGACUUCUCACCACCCUCCCAAGUCGAGCUACUUCUUCAUGGCCCCCGAGCACCACAUCCGUGUCGACGGCACCCUGAAACCACGCAGCAGAUUCUUAGGCAACUCGGUUGGCAGUUUCAUGGAGGGCAUUGCAGUCAUGCGUCUCAUGAACCGCAACGAGCGAUACUUUAUCACACAGCCCAACAUGUAUGCCAGAGGUAUCUUGUUCGGCAAGAUGAAGUACGAGCUCGGUGACCACGCCUACGUCCGCUGUCCCGAGCUGGGUCUGGAAGCUGAAAUUGACUUCAAGGUCAAGGGCUGGAUGACUGGAACAUACAACGCUAUUGGCGGCCAUAUCAAGGACACCAAGAGUGGAAAGAACCUCUUCGAGUUCAGCGGUUACUGGGAUAAGGAGAUGUACAUCAAGAAUCUGACAGUAAGCUGCCUCUACUCUCCGAUAGAGUACAUACAGAUGCUAACAUACAGCAGANCCGGUAAGAAGGAGCUCAUUUUCGAUGCCACCCACGCAAAACCCUCGUACCCCAAGGCCCGUCCCCUCGAGGAGCAAGGAGACCGCGAAUCGCAGAGACUAUGGGACAAGGUCACCAAAGCCAUCAAGGUGGCCGACCAAAGGGUUGCUACCGAUGAGAAGUCCUUCAUCGAAGAUCGCCAGCGUGCAGAGGCUGCAGAACGUGGAGAGCACGGAGAGUGGCACCCCAAACUCUUCCGUGCAACAAGAGCUGGUGCAAGCCAGGGUCCAGGCGAUAUGGACGGCGAGGAGAACCUCGACUGGGUCAUUGAUGCCACCAUUGACGGCAAAACACCCGAUGAGAUUGUAAAGCAGGUCCUCGCCAUCGCACCCAUUCUACCAGGUCAANAAGCCCAAGCCCAGGCACAACCUCGGGCUCAGGCUCAAGCCCAGCCUCAACCUCAGGCACAACCUCAAGUACAGGCACAACCUAGACAAGAGACUGCUCAAGCAACUCCUGCACCUGCCGCCAUACCCCAGCCACAGUCUUUCCAACAGCUCCAGAUGAACCAACCAAUUCAACAGUCGCAACCAGCACCAUCAUCGGGACCCAGCAACCUUGUAGACUUUGGCCAUGCAGGUGGUGUCGCCCCCAGCCAACCGGCUCAACAACACACCUCGCCUCUGAACACCAUGGGCGACCUCAAGGAGCCAUUGCAGCCCGUCAUUCACCGUCAAGAUAGCGUCGAAGGUAUCGACGAGACUUUCCACGAUGCCGAUUCAUAG